AUGGCUGCCGUUAUCACUCUUCAGUCGUCCUCGACGACGGGGCCAACGGCUGCCUCGACGGCCUCUUUUCAGCAGCCGUCUUCUGAUCAUAUCAUCCGGCCCCGGGUACCCUCUCACCAGCAGCCCGGUUCGACUUCCACGCCACUUUCUCCAUCCGCAUCAAUUGGUGCCCUUCCCCGUGUCCCCGUCUCCGGUCGGGAUGGCCCCAGCUGCGACGCCUGUCUCCGCAGAAAGAGCCGGUGUGCUAUGAACGAAAUGGUGAAAAAGUGCUAUUCGUGCGAUUUCCAUCGGCAGGAUUGCACCUUUACCCUGUCUGCGGUGGCCAGCCGCCCUGGUACCGCCGACUUGCAGUCCAAGAAGCGAAAGUUGGACGAUUCCGCCCCGGACGAUGUAGAAUUCUCCAAGAGGCAAUCAACCGUCCCCCCAGUUUCCAAACCUGAACUUUCUCGUGCACCCUUGAACGGCCACCCUCGAAUCACGUCAGGGUAUUGGCAUCAGCAAACCCAGCAUAUCGGUUUGACUACCGAACUGGAACCCACUCUUCUCGAAUAUCUCCCCUUGGAUCAGAACCUUGAAGGAUCUGUCGCCUCGUCCCGCGUCCGGAAAUUCGCUGACGACGGGACCUUCAUGCGGGUGAUAAACACCCUCUCCCAAGCGGGCGUACCGCCGCCCCCUCCCUUGGAUGCCAUUGAAAGCUUGAUCGCUCCCUACGGCUUGACCCUGAUCGACAAAUUCUUCGAAAAUGUUCACCCGACCUUCCCAAUCCUCAUGGAGGACACCUUCCGCCAGUCGUACCGCUCCCGGCAAGGCAUGUCCCCUCUCCUUCUCUGUGCCGUCUAUGUGUUGGCCUUGAAGUUUGUGGACGUAGGCCCGGCCUCCCAAGCCGCUCGACGGCCCGAUGCCAGCCGCCUGGAAAGCACGGCCCUUAGACUGCUCAACGAGUCGUUGCCUCACCCGUCCAUCUCGACCAUCCAGGCGGGUUUGCUGCUCAUGGAAAAGUCCACCAUCGCUACCUCUGCAUUGAAUGCCCAAUUGGUCACUGCCGGGUUCGAACUCGGCCUGCACCAGGACUGCUCGGAAUGGAGGAUGGAAACCUGGGAGAAGGGUCUCCGCAAGCGCCUGGCUUGGGCCCUCUACAUGCAAGAUAAAUGGUCCGCGCUGGUACACGGACGCCCGUCCCACAUAUUCUCUUUCAAUUGGACGGUGCAGGACCUGGUGGAGCAGGAUUUCACCGAUGCAUUCCCAUCGCCAUCGACUCAGUCAGACGAUGCACCCGUGGGCCACGGUCCCCUAUAUUUCUGCCACAUGGUGGCCCUAACGACCAUCCUUUCCGACAUCCUGGACCGCUUCUACACCUUGCAGGCAAUCAAGGAGUUCAAAUCGGCUGGAAACAGCCGUACCCGGAUGAUCCUGGAACGCGCCAAACCCGCACAGAUCCGCCUCAAGGAGUGGUUUGGACGCCUGCCUCCCCAAUUGAAGAUGGAGUCGGGUGGCGACCUUUUCGAAACGAUUAACGAGGACAACGCGCGCAACGGAGCGUUGCACCUGUCGUAUUUCGCCACGGAAAUCACCCUUCACCGGUGCAUCGUGCGGUCUCUCGACCCGGAGACGGCGGAUGCCUACCUAUCUCACAUUUGCCGUUCCGCCGCUAAAACGCGAUUGAUUUCGGCGAUGGACUUUGUUAAUCGUCUCCGACCGCCGCAUCUCCGCUCCUUCUGGCCUGCUGCAUCGCGCACAAACUUUGCCUUGAUUGGAUCCUUCGGGGUACUCCUGCGCGUCACGGCCCCUACGAAGGAGGAGGGCGAGUUCUACCGUCUCCGGCUGUGCGAAUACCGCUGGACAUUGAGCGUCAGUAAGAAGAACGCCGAGUUCCUGGAAUUCGCCCUCGACAGCCUGGACCAAGCCACCAAUCUCGACCAGCACGUCCCCGAGAAACCGGGCAUUGACGAGCUGAUGACGAGUGCGGCGAAGCCGAUCACCACGACCCAGCCGCGGAUCACGUCCGCAACGCAGCUGGAGGAUUCGAUCCUCGAAAUCGAACCGCGAGGCGGCACCUCGUCUGUGAUCUCGGGACUCGCAUCCCCCGCGACCUCGAUCAGCGACGAGAGUCUCCACGACGCCCCGAUUCCGCCCUUAUAA